AUGAUUUUUUGCAGCCUUUGGUGGAUUUUACAGAUUGUUGCAGCCGAUGUUGCAAUACUAAGGAAACCUUUUAAUAUAGAAAAUAAUACAGUUAAUUUGUCAAUUCAAUGGAUUGAGUCGAAUUCUUCACCAAAGUUAGAUCUAAUUCACAAUUAUACUUUAGUGUUGUGCACGGGACCCAACGAUAAGAUAAUACCUGUCCAUACAUUAGUAUGGGAGGAGCAAUUGGAUAGGUACGAGAAACUGAUCUUUUUAGAGGAUGGAGUUUAUUUUGUUCAAGUAUAUGCUAGAGGGUCGGACUUCUAUACUAUCCAUUAUUCAGAGAAGUUUGUGGUCGGUGUCUCAGAUGGGUUCUAUGAGAACCCACCAUCAUCAGUGAUACAUUAUUAUGGUUAUUCAACGUCAUUGGACGAACUGAGGAUCCAAACAGCUCCUCCCUUCCCUAAGAUAGGUUCGAAGAUUACACAAAACAGAUGGACGGGAAACAAACCCAAACCCACUGGAAAUUUCACUGAUUUGAGGUCUCACUAUCCUGACUACGAUUAUACGAUACUUCCCCUGGUUACGGCUUUCAAAGGGAGGAAUUGCAUUCGUCCAGCACCAAGAAUCACAAAUCACUAUCAUCCGUCACAAAGAAUUAGACCUGCGGUGUUGAGAGAACGAAAUGAAUAA